UCUAAAAUGCACAUUACAUAAAUUACAAAACAAAUCUCCCACUUGUAUUUUUCUCACAUUGAGCCAUCACGAUAUAUUUACAGGGAACAACAGCAUCAAUUCAUCUAUUGAAAAAGAAAAUUCAAGCUCCGGGAUCUCUGAUAUUGUUGAAAAUGUGUCCGAUGAGAUUCAUCUUGGUGUUUUUCUCCGCUUUAUUGGCCGGUUAUAUGGCCUGGAGGACCGUCCGAUCUGCCCCGGAUAUCGAUGCAGAUGAUGUGAGGGGUGAAAAUUUUAUUGCAAAAGAUAAACAAAAAACCAAUCUUUUCAAGAUGAUGCAGAAUGGGUUCUGGGUAUUUGUGGAUAUGGCUAGCGGAAGAUAUCUGUGGAAGAAUCUGAGAGAUAUCAACAAAAUUGAUAAAGUGGAGACUUGUAAUUAGAAGGUGAUAUCAACCUGAUUGUUGUACCACUGAGAAAGUGAAUGAACACUAUUUCUGUAUGAACAUAUACAAUUGAACAUGAUGGUUUUCGCGAAAAA